UGGGUGUCUGUGCUGCAGUGAGAAAGAAAAAAGAAAGUAAAGGAAGAACUUAAGAGAGAAAGAAGAGAGGAUAAUACAGAAAAUGACGCUUCUAUCUUUUCUCUGUUCCUGUCCUCCAGUAAUUCCGCGCUCAUGGUUUCCGUUGACGUCUAAUACAAGUGCUUUCUCCGUCAAUUUCAGGACCCAAAUCCAUUCCUCUGCUUCCACCAACAUUUUCACCCAAAAUCUCGACACCACUCUCUUAUCCAUCGCUGAAUCUUUCUACGAGGAUGAGCUAUGGGCCGCUGCCUGUCUCCGCGUCCGUUCCUUCCAUCAAUUCCGCCCUGACGCCUUCGGAGUCCGAGAUCAUAUGAGGUACUUGGCUGAGCGCGAGUUCGAAGCACUCAAGGAGCGUGUUUCGGGGAAAAGAACGGGCUUCAGAAGAGUUUCUUGCAUUAACGCUUCCCUUCCAUUGUCCCACAUCGCUUCCCUCUCCCAUGAUUUAUGCUCUUCUUGUAAGUUUUCUGCUAACGGAGAGGAGCGGAUUGUAGUUGCCACUCUUGAUCUUAAUCAGUGCUUGAGCCUUCCUGAUGAAAUUAUGGGGUUGAAGCCUGAGGUCACUGGAGCUGAUGUCACCAGGGCAUACCUCAGUAAUGUAUGUGUUGCUGAAGAGUUGCACAGAAAUGGGUUGGGUUAUGCACUUCUUGAAGUGUCAAAGUUAGUAGCCUAUGAUUGGGGCAUAACAGAUUUGUACGUCCAUGUUGCUGUCGACAAUGAACCAGCAAAGAAAUUGUAUACGAAAAGUGGGUUUGUCUAUGAAAGUGAUGAACCCGCGUGGCAGGCCCGGUUUCUGGAUCGACCCCGAAGACUUCUACUAUGGUCAGGGCUUUGAAGGACCUAAUUUAACAGUGUUGUCGUAUAUAUCUCGUAUGUAUAUGGUUUACUGUCUAUUCUUGUCAAGUAAUUUUCAAAACAUGUCAAUGUAACGUGUUUUGCCAUUUUAGCAAAUCUGAUUGACGAGGGUCGUCUUUAAGAUAAGAUGGCAUGGAAUAGCUUCCCUUGAUGAUUA